UUGAGGAUAGUGACUAUGACAGCAGUGGGUUCUACAUGGGAUGGCACUGACUGCCGCUUGACGUCUUAACAUUCGAUGUUCAGAGCUGCUUGGCAGUUGAUAUAUUGCCAAUAUAAGAAUACGUACUUGAAGCCAUGUCGAAGAAAAGCCGCACAAAGGCAGAAAAGGACAUGGAGACGGAAGCUGUCCAAGCAGCAGCGAAUGAGGAAUUGCGGAUGAAAUUGACAAACAUUCAGAUUGAAUAUCAGCAGGAAAAAGGCAAGGUGAGUAAACUGAGAGAGAAGCUCCAGGAAGUCAAACAAGAACGAGAACAGGAACAGCACAAACACACAGCCUACAUAUCCGAACUCAAGGCUAAACUCCAUGAAGAGAAAAUGAAGGAACUCCAGGCUGUCCGAGAGGUACUCAUUCGGCAACACGAGCAAGAAGUGGCUCGUAUGGUGAAAAUAAAAGACAGUGAGAUCCAGCGAUUGCAGUCCACAGUGAAUGUCCUGCGGGACGGGGCAGCUGACAAAGUGAAAACUGCCUUGCUCAAUGAAGCCAGGGAAGAAGCCCGGAAAUCAUUUGAUGGUGAGCGUAUAAAGAUGCAACAGGAGAUACUAGAACUGAAGUCAGGGAAAAAACAGGUGGAAGAAGCCUUGAGUAACAUCAUGCAGGCAGAUAAGAUGAAGGCAGCUGACCUGCGCACAGCCUACCAGUCCCAUCAAGACGAAAUUAAUAGGAUAAAGCGUGAAUGCGAGAGGGACAUCCGUAGGCUGAUGGAUGAGAUACGAGGCAAAGAGAGAGUGAUUUUGGCUUUGGAGAAAGAUCUUGGUGUCCAGGCAGGCCAUACACAAAAGUUGCUGCUCCAGAAAGAAGCCCUGGAUGAACAACUUGUUCAAGUCAAAGAAGCAGAGCGGUUCCAUGGCAGCCCAAAGAAAGAGCUUCCUCCCUCUGUGGGAGAUAUGAUGGAACUUGUAGGAAACCCGGAGCAACAUAUGGAGGAACGAGACGUGCGGAGAUUUCAGCUAAAAAUAGCAGAACUCAGUGCUGUAAUUCGGAAGCUGGAAGAUAGAAAUACACUUUUAGCAGAUGAAAGGAAUGAACUACUGAAACGGUCUCGGGAGACGGAAGUGCAGGUGAAGCCACUUGUAGAAAAAAACAGAAGGCUGAACAAAAAGAAUGAGAGCUUGCUGCAGAGUAUACAAAGAAUGGAAGAAAAACUUAAGCAUCUUUCCAGGGGAAAUGUCGAAAUGAGGGAGAAGCUAUCUGCUCAGCCAACAAUAAGGAGGCACACUUCAUUGAAUGACCUCAGUAGCACACAUGAAGAACCAGAAGUUGAAUUUCUUAAAUUGCAAAUUAUAGAACAACGGCAUCUUAUUGAUGAUCUGACAAUGGAGCGGGAUCGAUGGUUACGCUCCAGGAAACAGAAGACGCAAAAUUUGAAACCCACAAAGAGGCAUGUUGUGGAGACAUUUUUUGGAUUUGACGAAGAAUCAGUGGAUUCAGAAACAUCAUCGGUAACUUCCUAUAAUACAGAUAAAACGGACAGGACUCCAGCUACACCAGAAGAAGACUUGGAAGAUAGCACCCCUAAAGAAGAAGCUGAUUUGCGGUUCUGUCAGCUAACCAGAGAAUAUCAAGCUUUGCAAAGAGCAUAUGCAUUGCUCCAGGAACAGGCUGGGGGAACCCAGGAUGCAGAAAGAGAAGCAAGGACACGUGAACAACUACAAGCUGAUAUUCUCAGGUGCCAAGCGAAAAUUGAAGACUUGGAGAAAGCUCUGGUUGAGAGAGGACAGGACUCUAAAUGGAUAGAAGAAAAACAGGGGCUUAUCAGAACAAACCAAGAACUGCUAGAAAAGAUCUACAAGAUAGAACUAGAAGAAGAUCUGCUGAAGAAUGAGAUGCAGGAUGCUAAAGACCAGAACGAGCUGCUGGAGUUCCGAAUCCUUGAACUGGAAGAGAGAGAACGAAGGUCGCCAGCUUUUAACCUCCAUAUAACUGCAUUCCCUGAAAACAAUGGAAGUGCACUUCAACUCUUUUGUCAUCACGAGGGAAUAAAGGAUGUGAAUAUUUCUGAACUUAUGAAGAAGCUAGAUAUCCUUGGUGAUAAUGGGAAUUUGAGGAAUGAAGAACAGGUUGCGAUUAUUCAGGCGGGGACUGUACUUUCUCUCUGCGAAAAGUGGCUAAAGCAAAUAGAGGAAACUGAAGCUGCCCUCACGCAGAAGAUGAUUGACCUGGAAAAUGAAAAGGACCUGUUCAGUAAACAGAAGGGUUAUUUAGAGGAAGAACUUGACUACAGGAAACAAGCUCUGGACCAGGCUUAUAUGAAAAUCCAGGAGCUGGAAGCCACCCUCUAUAAUGCUCUGCAGCAGGAGUCAGGGAAGAGAGUGAGUGAAUCCCUGAAUGAGGCCCAGAGGGAGGACUUGUGCGCUGCUGUGGAAAAGGUGCGGAGACAGAUACUGAGGCAAAGCCGUGAAUUUGACUGCCAGAUUCUACAUGAACGCAUGGAAUUGCUGCAGCAAGCACAGCAGAGAAUUCGAGAGCUGGAAGAGAAAAUUGAACUUCAGAAGCGGCAGCUCAAAGAAAUUGAGGAAAAGUUUUUGUUUCUUUUUCUGUUUUUCUCAUUAGCAUUCAUCCUGUGGUCUUGAGGAAUCUACAGCGAAAGGAUAUAUGGGUAUGAAAAGGGCCUUUGGAUUGAACUGAUGGAUUUAUGUGCAAAUUCCAAAACUGUACAAGCAGUUCGAAGUCAAAAUCUCUUUAUUUUUCCUUGAUGCCAUUUACAACUGUUUGUAUUUUUAUGUUAAGCUGUGGGCUAUUUGGGUUCCUCUAGGUAUUUUAUAAAAUUAUAGCUAUAAACUGGAAUUAUUUGAUAAGCUGAUAUAAACCAGCACACACUAAGAAACUUAGUGCACUUUUGAGACCAGUAAAUUAUUUAUUAUUAUUUAUUAUAUUUAUAUACAAAACAAUGAAUAAAAAUGCAGGGGCCAUUAUUGACAGCAGUCUGAACUAUGUCUACCUCUGUGAGUGUUAUCUUUAGUCACCCAGUUGCAUGAUCUCAAAAACACAGUCUUCGUUUCACAUAAAGACAUCUGUACUGGAGCUUUCAGUGCAAAGAAGCAGUGGUCUCGUUCAAUCUAGAGUGAAAGGUACUACAAGAAUGGAACCAAUUAAAGAACUCAGAUUUCCGUUUUAUAAAGCUAGCUCCAACUUAACAAGACUGGCUGUUACCAAGCAAGGAAGAACACACCAGGAAGAGAGAAUGGCCAUGCGGAUCGAUGCAACUCCUGUGUUAGAAGAAGAAAAACUAGGAAGUUCUGUGAAAUCUGAAAUGCUUGCAAAGAGAUUAUCGUGAUCUCAGAAACAAAAUUUAGUUUCUGGACAGUGUUUGACUGGGGAUGUUGAGUAUUAACAACUAAAAUUCUGGACAAGCCUAGUACACUCAGUUGAAGUUUAGGUUGUUGUGUAGUUUGGAGCUAGAAAAACUGAUUACUGAAAGAAACAUUCAAAGAAACACAGAAUGUUAAAUAGAGCGCCUUAAUGCUGCCAGGGUAGGGAAAAACCUGGUCAUAACCCCAUUUAUAUGGAUUUACAAUAUUGACCAUUUACAGUAUAUUUAAAAAGUUCUAAUAAAACAAAAAAAUUGAGCAUGCGUUAGAAUAUGAAGGCACACAAUGUUUGGCACAGAAGGAAAUUUGAUGUAUGUAUUUUAUGGCAUUGGUAAUAGAGAUACAAUUUCUUCACCUUUAAGAAAAGUUACAAUAGCAAAAAAAUAAAACAAUCUCUUAUUGGGAAUGUUUCUUGACAAAAGAUUGUGCAAAGAUAGUCAGAUGAGAUAUUAGGAGGCAGCAGUGGCACAGUAUUUCUUGGAUGAAUUCAAAUAACUUUUUGUAUCUGGUUUAAUUAGUUACACAUAGAUUUAACUCUAAUUAUGGGGUCACGAAGAGUCAGACAUGACUAAACAACUAAAUAACAACAAUGAUGAACUGCAAAUAACAGGCUAAAUCUUCUUAGCCAUUAAAAAGUACAAAGCUAGCUAAAAGGAAAGCAAUGACCUAAAAAAAGAGAGUAAAGAAUCAAAUGCAAAAAAUAUUUUCAUAAUACUAGUCCAGAAAUAUAGAAAACAUGCAACAAUCAUGGUAAUAAGAAAUGAUCGCAAAGUGGUUAAAUUCAUGUGAUAUUGGGGGAGAGGGUGAUUUUUUUUAUUAAAAAAAAACUUGUUGAAAUAUCAACCCACCACCACCAAAGACAGAAGUACAGUGGGAUUAAUAUGAAUUUAUUAAACCAACAACCUGCAAACUUUGAGUUGAGCAUGACCUACAUGGAAAAAGUAGGAUUAGCCAACUUUAUAUUAAAAAUGGAAAAUGGAAUUAU